AUGAGUGAAUACAAGACAAUUGUUCUUCAACAAGGAUUAGAGGAUGUGGCUGUGGAUGACUACCAGUUUAGGAAAAUCAAGUCCUUACUAAGACAAGAACUAAAGCUAACAAAAAAGAUGCAAGAUGAUUAUGACAGAAUUCAGUUGGCUGACCUGAUGGAGGACACAUUCCCAGAAGAUGCUGGACUGGAAAAACUGAUAGAAGUGUGUCAAAGCAUUAAAGGACUUGAAAACCUUGCUAAAAAACUUGAAACAGAGAGAGCAAAAGUAAAAGGAAAAUCCCCACUGAGAAAAAGGAAGCAAGAAGCAGGCUCUGAUACACCCACAUCGACUACCAGCAACACCGUAGCAUCUGAUGGAGGGGAGACUCCCACAACUCAGAAAAGAAAAAGUAUUAAUAGAGAAAAGGCUGGAGUGAAAAAGACCAAGCAGUCUGAGGAGCCAGAUCACCCUCCCUGUCCUGAGGAAGUCACAGCCAGAUGCCAGUCCCCAGAGCUGCAGACCUCAUCUUUGGCUUCAUCCAACACUUCUUUGGCUAAGGUACAAAAAACACAGACCCAAAAUCAGAGCAUUGCCAGAGGUGCUGUUCUCCAAAAGGACGCCAUGACAGUGAUUGUGCUCAAUGCAAUAGACCCAUUUGUAUAUGCGUCAUCAGAACACGAAGUAAAAGAAAUGUUUCAUGCUACAGUGGCCACUGUGAAUGAGUAUUUCCAUGUGAAAGUUUUCAACAUCAACCUGAAAGAGAAGUUCACAAAAAAGAAUGUCAUAAUAAUCUCCAAUUACUUCAAGUUCAAAGGAAUCCUAGAGAUAAAUGAGGCUUCCUCUGUAUUUGAAGCUGGUCCUGACCAGAAGAUUGAAGUCUCCAACAGUCUUAUCAGAAAAGCAAAUAAACCUCCCCAGAUUUCUGAUUUUCACAAGUAUGGCCCUGGAGCAGUGGUUUAUGGGUUGUUUACAUUACAGAAGAAAAAAGUGAACCCAAAGAACACAAUCUAUGAAAUAAAGGAUGAUGAUAAAAAUAAUAUAGAAGUUGUAGGGAAUGGAAAAUGGUACAACAUCAGCUGUGAGGAAGGAGAUAAAUUUCAACUCUUCUGCUUUCAACUGAAAACAAUUGACAAGCAACUGAAGUUGGUGUGUGGUGAUCACAGUUUCAUUAAGGUCACCAAGGCUGGGAAAAAAAAGAACAUCCACUGA